AUGGAGCUGUUCGAGCAGCACAAGCAGCUGUACGAGCGACUGCGCGAGGCGAAGAGCACGCUGGACCCGGUGGUGGAGAAGAUUAACAAGCGGGAGAAACUGCUGAGCACUCGACUGGAGCUGGAGGCGCUGCGCAGCAACCCGAAUCGAUACUCCGAUCGGCGAUAUAGCAAUAAAUAUUUACAGAAAGAAAUCCAGAUGAGCAAGGAGCUGGCGAGACUACCGUUCGUGAACAAAGAAUGCAUGCAGGCGAUUAGCAGCUAUGAGGCGCAGUAUGGGGAGAUCGUUAUGAACGGAAAGCGAUAUAUGGAUGAGCUGAAAGAAGAGGAGAUCCUGUCUCCGAGAAAGGUUGGAAUGUGGAUGGACUGUGAGGGUAGACGAUGGCGUCUGUGCAAACAAGAAUACCGAAGAGAAUGUGAUAGUGUGUAA